AUGAGAUUCGUUAAGCAUAUGCUAGCAGUAAUUGUACCACAGUCGGAGAUAGAUGACUCGGUCGAUAUAAUUAGCAAGGUUGAAUUUAGGGAUGUUUGUUUUAAUGUGUUUAGAAUUGAUAGUAAUGGUGAUUUAAUUCCUCCCUCCACCAAGUUCUCCCAAAGAAAAUUAGAGUUUCUUACUAAUAUUAAGGACAUUUUGCAGAAAACCACAGGUGGAAUGGCUCGUAUUGGCUAUCUAAGUAGGAAGGAUCCAAGUGCUUCUGGUACUUGCUUUUAUUUACUUCCCGAUGUUGUAAUUACCAACUCCCACGUUGUGAAUACAGAUCAAACCCCUUUCGUUUAUAAAGGAACCUUUGAGGAGGCAUCUAAUGGUUAUUUACAAAAGUUGAAUCCUAUUGAAAGAAAAUUGCUCUUCUCUGGAUCAGCCUUACAGAAUGGAAUAAGGAAAUAUAACCACUCCGUAACACGAGCACAUUUCCCAAGUGUGGAUGAUGCUUAUGUAGAUCCAAUACUUUCUUUGAGAGGAGAUUUUGGAUAUAUGGAUGUUUCCUUGCACCAACUGAAAUGCCUAUCCAAGAAUUUAGAAAUGUCUAAAGUACUAAUGAUUCCGUGUCCUACACUCCUUCAAGUUUCGGAUCCUAUCUUCACUCUGCAUUAUCCAGGGAUCGAGGGGUACCAAUUUUCCAACCAUAAAAGAGGAGAAUGUGCAAACUAUUUUAAUUGGGCUCCCAACGACAAUGUUGUUUCUAAUUUGUUUCAUGGUUUUGGAAAGCUAUGUAUUAGUACUGGUAAAGUAUUGGCCCCAUACGCAGAAAUGAAAGAUGAAAAUGGAAACAAUAUUUGGGCUCCAAACACUUCACAUCAAUACACAUCUCUUAAUUCUGAUUUCCUUAUAACAAAUGAAUCUGUAAUGAUGGGUUCUUCUGGUGGUUGUGUACAAUCCCAUGCUUGUGAGGUUGAUGAGAUUAAUGGUGUGACAUUGGUAGAGUUUCACGCCAUCCAUUUUGGAGGCGAAUUUGUUAAAUGUAAGAAUUGCUUAAAGCACAUCAAACAACAAAUGAAUGUUAAUGAUGAAUAUCCAUCUUUAUUCCAAGGUUUACCUCGAGAAUGGAACUUUUGCACAGAUUGUCAAAAUGGAAUAGAACCUUCAAAAAUGGUAUACAAUUACUCUGUGUCUGUCCAUCAUCCAUUGUUCAAACAGGUCUACAAGAAAUUAAUUUUGCCAGAUUUGUUGAAUGUGUUGAAUAUUGAUUUGUCAGACAAUAGAUUAGAACGAUUGAGACAAUAUUUAGAUAGUUGA